CGCUGCGCUACAGCCUCAACUUUAUUUGUUUACGUCGUAGACUGGUUUACCUACACUUUCUGCUUCUUUAUACUUUAUAUGCAUAUUUCUUGUUGAUUAUGACACAAGCAUGAACAUUUCUUCACUGAGAAAUGCAAGAUGAGAACUUUGAAGUUUUUUUUCUCCGCUUACGCAGACUGCUCCUACGCAGAAAGGAGACUUACUGGUACUUUCGAUUUUGAUCCUUGUGACGCAGAUGUUUUGUGAGACGGAUGCAGACACAGAGUCCAGACUCUCCUGAAGUCAGGAUGAUGCCCACAAAGGGUGAUCAGGAUUUUGAUACCAGCAUUGAUGCUGAAGAGGUCAAAGAGGAACCUGGUGGUGAAAGGACUCAGAGGCAGAGACCAGACUCUCCACAGCCCAGCUCUGUUUCCAUCAAGAGUGAAGGGUCCAAAGCUCUUUCAGGCACUUACAAUUUCAAUUGCAUUCAGGAGCAGAGACCGGACUCUCUUAAUACAAGCUGUGUGUCCAUGACGAGUGACCGGUCUAAAGCCCUUUCUGUUGAUUUUAAGGGUGAAAGUCCUUCAACUGAAAGCCCUCAGGACCAGAGACCAGACCCUCCUAAUUCUAGCUGUGUGUCCAUGACGAGUGACCGGUCUAGAGGCCUUUUUACGAAUUUUAAGGGUGAAAGUCCUUCAACUGAAAGAGGGCAGCAGGAGAGUUUUGGAGUCCCCAGUGAUGAGUCAACACAGCAGCAUCAAACAGACCCUGACUCCAUAUUUAAGCUACUGGAUGAGAACCUUGACAUUUUUAAGAACAAGCUGGGGAGGAUCUGGAGGGUUCUCAGUCCAGAUAAUCCAGCAUCAGAGCGUCAGAGUGAGGAGAUAAUUGAUGGGGAGGAUGAAGAGCAGAGUUCAGAGAUCAGAGAUGCUUUCCUGAAGAUCACUGAGCACCUCCUGAGAAACAAUAAGCAAGAGGCACUAGCCAACCGUCUGCAGAGCCUAACUGCUGGUGGAGUCUGCCAAGGAAAACUUAAGUCUCACCUGAGGAACAAGUUCAAGUUUAUGUUUGAGGGGGUUGCCACUGCAGGAAAACCAACGCUCCUAAAGGAUAUCUUCACAGAGCUCUUCCUCACAGAGGGAGGAACUGGUGAGGUCAAUGAUGAGCAUGAGGUCAUACAGAUUGAAACAACCUCUAGGAAAGCCCACAGACCAGAAACAGCCUUCAAACUAGAGGACAUCUUCAUAGCCUUACCAGGAGAAAAUAAACCAAUCAGAACAGUGAUGACAAAGGGAGUUGCUGGUAUUGGGAAAACAGUCUUAACAAAGAAGUUCACUCUGGACUGGGCUGAAAACAAAACCAACAAGGACAUCCUGUUCACAUUCCCAUUCACUUUCAGAGAGCUGAAUGUGCUGAAAGAGAAGAAGUUAAGCUUGGUGGACCUUGUUUAUCUGUUCUUUCCUGAAACAAAAGAAGCAGAAAUCUCUGUGUUUAAAGGGCCCCAGGUUGUGUUCAUCUUUGAUGGUCUGGAUGAGUGUCGACUUCCUCUGGACUUCAGCAACAGUGAGAUCCUGACUGAUGUUACAGAGUCAGCCUCAGUGGGUGUGCUGCUGACCAACCUUAUCAAAGGGAACCUGCUUCCCUCAGCUCGCAUCUGGAUAACCACAAGACCUGCAGCAGCCAAUCACAUCCCUUCUUCCUGUGUUGACAGGGUCACAGAGGUCCGGGGGUUCACUGAUGAACAGAAGGAGGACUACUUUAAGAAGAGGUUCAAUGACGAGGAGAGCAAAGUAUUCUCUCACAUCAGGAAAUCACCAAGCCUCAGCAUCAUGUGUCAUAUUCCAGUCUUCUGCUGGAUCAUUGCUACAGCUCUGGAGGAUGUGCUAAAGUUCAGGGACCAUCUCAUGCCAAACACUCUCACUGAGAUGUACAUCCACUUCCUGGUGGUUCAGUCUAAACGGGAGAAUGUGAAGUAUAAGGGAGGAGAUGAGACGGAUCCACUCUGGACUCAAGACAGCAGGAAGAUGAUUGAGACUCUGGCAAAACUGGCUUUUGAGCAACUGCAGAAAGGCAACCUGAUCUUCUAUGAAUCAGACCUGGAACAGUGUGGCAUUGAUAUAAAGACAUUCUCAGAGUACUCAGGACUGUUCACACAGAUCUUAAGAGAGGAGAGAGGACUGUACCAAGAAAAAGUGUUCUGCUUCAUCCAUUUGACCGUUCAGGAGUUUUUGGCUGCUCUUCAUGUCCACCUGACAUUCACCAAUCAUGGGGUCCUUCUGCUUUCAAAACAAACAUGGUGCCUGUGGUCCAUCUUUUCUGGGGAAAACAAAGAGCCAACACAUUUCUAUCAGUCUGCCAUAGACCUGGCUUUGGAGAGUGUAAAUGGACAUCUGGACUUGUUCCUGCGCUUCCUCCUUGGCCUUUCUCUAGAGACCAAUCAGCAGCACAUAAGAGGUCUACUGACACGGAUGGAAGACAGCUCACAAAAGACUAACGAGACCAAAGAGAAAACAAUUCAGUACAUCAAGAAGAAAAUGAUGAAUAAAAACCUGUGUGCUGAGAAAAGUAUCAACCUUCUCCACUGUCUCAAUGAACUGGAGGAUAGUUCUCUAGUCGAGGAGAUCCAACAGUCCCUGAAAUCAGGACGUCUCUCUGCAGAUAAACUGUCCCCUGCUCAGUGGUCAGCUCUGGUCUUUAUCUUGCUGUCCUCAAAGGAAGAUCUGGAGGUGUUUGACCUGAAGAAAUUCUCUGAUUCAGAGACAGCUCUUCUGAGGCUGCUCCCAGUGAUCAAAGCCUCCAGAAAAGCUCUGCUGGGUGGCUGUAAACUAUCAAAGAGAAGCUGUGAAGCUCUGUCCUCAGUCCUCAGCUCCCCGUCCUCUGAUCUGACUGAGCUGGACCUGAGCUACAACAACCUACAGGAUGAGGGAGUGGAGCUUCUGUUUAAAGGAUUAAGAAGUCAACACUGCAAACUGAAGUCUCUCAGGUUGAAUGACUGUAAACUGUCAAAGAUGAUCUGCAAAGCUUUGGCCCCGGUCCUCACCUUGGACUCCUCUAGUCUCACUGAACUGGACCUGAGCAACAACAACCUACAGGAUGCAGGAGUGGAGUUUCUGUCUGAAGUAUUAAAAAGUCCAAAGUGCAAACUGGAGACUCUCAGUUUGUCAGGUUGUCUGAUCACAGAGGUAGGCUGUGCCUCUCUGGCCCGUGCCCUGGAGUCCACAUCCAAACUGAGAGAGCUGGACUUGAGCUACAACCAUCCUGGAGAAAAAGGAAAACAGCAUUUGUCUGCUCUACGGGAGAAUGAAAACUGCAGACUGGAGGCACUGAGGCUGGCUCUUUGUGGACCGUGUCGACUGAAACCUGAUUUGCAGAAGUAUGCCUGUCAACUGCAACUGGACGCAAACACAGUGAACAAAUACCUGAAACUCUCCGACAACAACAGGACAGUGGCACAUGUGCAGGAGGAACAGUCGCAUCCCGAUCAUCCGGACAGAUUUGAACACUGGUAUCAGCUGCUAUGUCAGCCUGAACUGACUGGUCGCUGUUACUGGGAGGUUGACUGGGAAGAAAGAGUUGUUGUGGCAGUGACUCACAGGGGAAUUGAAAGGAGCACACAUGGUAAUGAAUGCGUGUUUGGAUGGAAUGAUCAUUCCUGGAGUAUGAUCUGCCAUAAUGGUGGUUAUGUUUUCAGGCACGCUAACAAAGAAGAAAAAAUAUCUUUGCCUCUUGUCUCAAAAAGAGUGGCAGUGUAUGUAGACAUUCCUGCCGGCAUUCUGUGCUUCUAUGAAGUCACCUCUGACUCACUGACCCACCUUAAAACCUUCAGCACCAAAUUCAAUGGACCUCUUCAUCCUGGUUUUGGGCCCUGGAGCCUAAAGUCCUCAGUUUCUCUGUGCCCACUGUCCAAUUGAAGAAAUCUCUCCUGUUGGGCACAUAGGAACAGGGAACAUUCCCACCUGACAGAUGAUGUAGAUCAGUGGUUCUCAACUUGUCAAACCUCUGGACCCACCACUGCUCCUUAAAGACAAACGUUAAACACCAAAUGUAAAAAGUAUUUCACCCAACCAAACUUAAUUAAGGAAAAGUGUUGCAGUUAGGACCCUGGAUCAGACAGAACUUGACAAAUGUCAUAAUAAUAAGAAGAAAGAUUAAGAAUCAUAUUGUUGCAAAAUCCCUGAGAAGACUUUAUUUUCGACUACUGUCUGAUAAACUUUAAAUUUUGGCAAGUUUUCCAGAGAUCUUGAGUAAUUACCUUGUUGUCAUAGGAAAACCAGAUCUGAAAUCCUAAGAAUUGGAGAUAAAGAUCUGAAAUUGCAACAAACAACCAGAAUUUACCCAUUAUCUUGGGAAAACAGAGCAAAAUUAAAUUAAUGGAUGCAUGAUUAUUUAGUACAUUGUAGUUUUUGGCCGCACUUUAUUUUCUAAGCCUUCAUUCGCGACCCAUCAGUUGAGAACCAGUGAUGGAGAAACUUUCCAACCUACCUACCUAUCACCUUAAUUUAGUGGUGCAAGGAAAGUCUCAACCAUUUCUUCCUGUUAGAGGCAGAAAAAUAAAAUUGAAUAGAUGGCAAAGUAUGAGGCUACACUAAAGUUUCCUGUUUUACAUAUCUUUAAUGCCUUGCCUGGUAGAUAAAGCUGUGUUUACAUUCAAAUCACACAAGAAGAGAAAGUUAGACUCGGGUCACUUUGACAUGCAGUGUUAAUCCGCUUUGUUCUGCUCCAAUCAGAUUCCGAUACAUCAAUACCAAUACCUGAUAUGAAAUCCACCAUUUUUUAAAAUCAGAAUUAUAAUUUCUAUUGUGUUUUUUUUUUUGUGGUAUUAUGCUUGAGGCUAUAUGACACUCUAGUAAAUUUGAAACUGGAUAAAGACACAAAAAUAAUUUAAAAUGCCAAAAAAAAAUUAUGUAUGUUCCCAACAAAUCUACUACGUGCUGGCUUCGCGUAUAAAAAGGUAGCAGCGACAAAUGUAAUGUUUAAAAUUUAAUAUUUAAAACUGCAGUUUACAGUAAAAAACAGCAAAGUUUGUAACAACCAGCAGCAGCACAGGGCUACAGCAGCCAAAUGAACAAGUGUAUUUUUGUAUAAAAUGUAAAUAUGUAGAAAUAAGUAUCGGCAAAUUGUUUAAAAACCCUCUUCAAAUAAGUAAAAAAAUUUAUUUAACUAUAUGUCAAGGGACUAUUGCAGCAGGAAGCAACAGAUGUGAAGUAUUCAAACUAAAAAAUGACGUAAAAAGCAAGCCACCAAGCCACCAUGAACACUACAUUUCCUGAUGUGGCCAUUUACAAUAAAAGCACUCGAGGAAAACAAGGUUUUGAAAGGUUUGCCAGAAGUACUGCAUUUAUCAUUAAUUUAACUUAGCUUUAGCACCGUGUUUACAGUCAGCCUCGCUGACACACUUUAUUCUCUGACCUCACUAAAGCCCGCUUCUUUGAAUCAUGAUGGAUUUAGAAUAAGGGAAUCAUGAGUUAAAACACCUUUAACGGUUGUGUAAGUUGUUAAAAGUGGCUACAGCUCAUAUUAAAGCCACCAACAGGCCAAAAGAGUACGGUCACUUUGUGAUGCCUUAGUAAAGACAUUAAAGUUAGAGAGGAAAACACACCUUGUGACCUUUUUACUGAGCUUUACAUUAAUCACACAGACACAAACACUUGAUGCUUGGGUUGUUAUCCGACUGCUUUUUAAUGUUGUAAACAUUGGACCUGUUACUGAUAUUUGACCAGAUCUGGCCCAUCUCUAAUGAGUAUUCCAAUGCAUGAUGGCCGCCACAUGUCCCCUGUAUUGGUCACCUGUAGGCGUCUUCAAAUCAUAACGUGAGGCAGAAAAGAGAGGCAAUCUGCACAUAUAAGAGAUUCAGUGUUGAAGCAGAGGAAGUGUGUUUAAUACAUGUCUGAUGGGUAUAUUUUGAUAUAUUGGAAAACUUAACAGAGAUUGUAACGUUGACUACUACUAAGUGGAUCUACAAACCCAGUCGGCUGAAAGUCAACAGUGAACACGGUCACUGAUUAAACAGAUAUACCGGGAUGUUGUGUCUGAACACAGUGGAAAAUGUCUGAGAAACAGAUUGCCACCAGCCGUCUGUUAGACCUUAUCUGAUUUUAGUAUAGAUAUUUAUAUUACAUCAAUACUGAUCUUAAAAUCAAAAAUCAUUAACUUGUGAGUGUUUUCAUGUUUGUAGUUUACGUCCCACACAUCAGGUAAUUGAAGCCUGAGUGCUUCUACGCGCCUUUUUUAGGUAUUUCUUCUUUAACAUGCAUUAUGGGAAGUCAAGUAUAUUUACGAUUAUGUUCAUGACGCAGCUAGAUGCAUUAAUAAAAUAAUAACUGAAACAUCAAGUAUAUCUCCAGCCUAAAACACUGGUGGGCCUGAUUGCAGUUGUUGCUAAAUCUGCAUUGAGCAGUCCUAGAUGCAAAUCCAGUCAGACGUGCAGAGAAGUGGUUUAUUUUGUUAAACAGACAGUUAUCUGCUGCUCUUGAGAACAAGAGGGCAAUUUUUCACUGCUGUUUGGAUUGUUGUCACCUGACAUGUUUGUUUAAUCUGUGGUUGUCGCAAAUAUCAAGCACCACUAUUGUGUAUUACAGCAAUACUAAUGACUACACUACACUUACAAGGUAAAACUUAAAAAUAUUUAAUCAGUGUUUAUUAAAUAUCCAGUAUUACUCUAUAAGUGAAUAAAUAAUGUGUAAGGGAGCGGCAGGUUUCCUAUCUUGUUAAAAUUAAAAAAAGGAAACAAAUGCAUAUGAACUGAUUGAAUUCAUGACUGUGCACCAGCUGACACUACUCGCCCUUUGCUGUCACAGUCAUCCGUCAUCACUACAAGCUUAUUUUAAGUGCAAGGCAGCCAAAACUGUGCACUACUUUGUUGUCCUUUGCUUUUAUGUAGCAAGUAUUGCCUUUUAUAACUUCUUAAAACUAACCAGUUAUGUUGAUGUUUUGUUUGUAUGUUUGUUUUUUGCUUUGAUAUUUUAUUUUUUUUCUUAUGUAAUAUUUUUGUAUUUCUGUGUUUAAGUUACUGUGCAGCACUUUGGUGUGCCUUAACACCUUUUUAAAAAUGUGUAGUAUAAAAAAAGUGGAUUGGAUAGGAUUAAGUGAACUGUUGAAGCAUUUCAGUGGUGAUAGCUGAAAACUAAGCUGCUGGAGAGUGGUGUCUGUGGAAGCUCUAAGCCUGUGGCACUAUGCAGUGAAGUAAUAGCUCCAAAUAUCUGCAGUUAAACUUGUAGUUUUAAUAUCCAUUGGUAAAUGUUCCUGUUUAUUCUUGUAGAGACCAGAAAGAGUUCUCUCAGAGAAAUUAUCUGCGUGUUAGAUAACUAUACUGCAAGUCAAACUGUUUGGUUACCGUUAACCAUUGCAACUUUCCUUGCAUCUUUACAGUGUAGCUGUCAAAGUUAUCCGUUUCAUUGCAUCUGCAUUCAUUGUUUAAUUAUUCUGACCCCUUUCCAUUGAAACAUAAGCUGUGUGUCAUUUGCUUUUAGUAGAAGACAUUGUUGGUCUGACAAGUGGAAAACAAAUGACUUUUCUUUUGUUUUUUUUGCAUAAACUAAUGCACAAUACAGUAAGAGGAACUUAAGAAGUAUUCUGUGACCAUCUUAGACUCAGUGUACAGAGCAAUUCUUGUUUGUUACAACUGCCAUUUAUAACAUUUCAUAUGCUUUCUAUAAGGAACCUUAGAGCCUACAGUAAUUGCAUUAUGGCUGUGAAUUCUCAAUAAAAAGAAA